ACACUAGGUUGGCAAAUAAUCUUUACUGUAUAUAUACAUAUAUGUGUGUGUAUGUAUAAUGUAUACAUGCGUAACCUAUAUUUUGCAGUCAAUGUCAGUUCAUUGAAGAAUCCAAGAAACAUGAAGAAAAAGACAGAUAUAAUCACUCCAUCAUAGAAGAUCUCCAACAAACUAUCAACUUGCUGCAGCAACAAAUCUCAGACCCUAUCAAUCCCUCUCUACUUCUCAAGGAGAAUACACUGUCCGGCCCAUCGGUCAUGUUCACUCGCUUCGACAUGGAACGGAACAGGAAGGCUAUGAGGAAGGGACUCGCUACUCACACCGUUGACCCUCAGAAAUACCAGAACAUUGUGAAACAGAUGACAGAAUAUGUCUCCCUCCCAGAGCGAUAUUUCCGCCAGGUCGUUUACAGUUACCUGUGGCACUGUAACUUAAAGACAGUCUAUGCCUAUCUGACCCCUAAACCAACAGACCAGACAGGGUUGCUGAAUGAAAGCCACUACGCAACAUCUUUGGCUAAGCUGGCAGCUUUACACAGAAACAAGCUGACCCAAUGGUCCACACACCAGGCAUCACUCAGUAAAUAUCGACGAAACAUUGCCAUGACCCUCACUUCGAAUCUGGAGAGUCUGGAAACAGAUACAGGACUCUUGCUCAUCAAACCUGUUUAUUGGCACAACAACAAAACAAACUGUAAACUGAAAGAAGUGGUCCCAAACAGAACUGCAGAGGACAGGGGACAACAUCUGAUGAAUGAGGCCAGUGAAGAGAGUGGCUUUAACGAAUAUUCAAUGAAGAAGUUAACGAGGAACUCAUCUUUGACCAACCCUGACCUACCCACAGUAGAAGAUAUACCAACUCUCAACUCACACUUCUAUAAGAUAACCGGUCAAGAAGGCCACUUGAUGGCCACCACCUCAGACAUGGAACUCAACACCAACUCUGUAGCUAUGUGGACAAUGCUGUCUUUCCAGCCUAGCAACCCACGGAAGCAGUCACCGUCACUCCACCGACCCAAUACUCCUAUCACUGCCAACGACAACAACAACAACAACACCAGUACGUUGCAGCACCAGCAACCUGUCUCUGUCUCUUGUAGUGGACCCUUGGCCUCAAAAAUUCAGGAGUUGGACAUCAACACCAUGUUGGUUUGCCGCAAUAAUGUCUUCACUGACCUCCAGUCCAAAGAUGACCAUCAAGGAUCAAAACUCUACUCCUACUACACAGUGCGUCGUCCAACCAUGCCCCUCCUGAAUGACUUGAUUCAGGAAACCUCCUCGAUUCAACCACAGGGGCUGCAGAGGGUUGCUUUCCCCUCACCCCUCUCAAGACCACAUUCCUUGUCCAUGUCUUCCAACCAGAAUCUCUUCAGCGCCGAUUCCUUGGUACCAAAGCCAGGCUUGAGCAAGUCUUCCCUUCCACCAAUUUCCUCCUUGAAUAACCAGCAAAGCUACCACAACAUGCAAAUGUCUGACUGACAUAUAUGCAUAUGUAUACAUAUGUUUUCUUUAUUUGUGAAUUAAGUCUACCAUUGAUUUCAUGUUAAGAAAAGUAAGAAAAUAUCCUAGUGUCUUAACAAUUUUUUAAGCCAAUCACAUGGAGAAAGGCAUUCACUUCCAUUUUGGGAAGCAUUCUUGCUUCAUUCAUGGGAUUUCUAGUAAAUUUGCAUGGAUGAAACAAACCUCAAAACGAGGAAGCCUAGAACAUGGACAUAGGUUCCAAACAUUCACCAGCACUAAUUAAACAACUAGUUAACAACAUAAGCAGGUCUCCAUUUUAUCCAUCAACAAAGACACUUGAAAAAGCUACUCUGUAUUAUGAUGCUACUUUAGGAAGGUCCAAUUUAAAGAAUAGAAUACGCUAAAUUGAACCAAAUAGAAAUAGACCAAGAAGAUGCAGACAGAGGAAAAUCUUAUGAUACAGCCUACCUUGAGAGGUCAAUAGAAUAAGUACUAGGCUUACAAAACAUAAGUCCCGGGGUCGAUUUGCUCAACUAAAGGUGGUGCUCCAGCAUGGCCACAGUCAACUGACUGAAACAAGUAAAGGAAUAACUAAAUGACUAUCAAACCCUUUUUUUGUUCUUUAUAUUAUUUCCUGUUUAUAUUCUGCGAGACACAAACUCGGGUUUUAUGCCAAAUGAUGUGAAUACAAUAACAAGAUUGGCAAGACACAUGCAAUCCUAAGUUCUGGUUCUUUGUCAUGCCAUUGUUGUCUGUAAAAGGAAACACCUGGACAUGAAUCAUGUGAUUGCCAAUUAAAAACAAAAUCAUAUAUAUUUCAAAAGUCUCCAUUAACAAUUCAUCUAUUUCGAUUUGCAAUUGGCUGUUUUUCUCCCUAAAUUCUUGGUUCAAAACAUUCCACUUCAACAAAUCUUUUUUUUUUCUCGCUCUGCAAACAUAGAAAUGUCUUUUAUUUUUGGUUAUUUCCACUACUUUGUGUUUUUUGUUUCUUUUCAAAUACGCCUGUUUUAUUUUUUUUACAUCACAAAUAAUUAGUAAAAAGUCCUUGUAAUUUUCUACAUAUAUACACACAUACAAUUAUGUACAUAUGAACAAACACAUAAAUAU